CAAGGAUCCGACGAGCAUGCCAAGCCCGAUCAAGCGCGGUCGGAAGACCUUGGCGCCGUCGACGAGCCCCGUGAAGCCCAAGCCUGUGGACGAAAAGGCCGGCGGCGUCGUCUUCCUCGAUCCGAUCCCGACGCCCGAUGAGAGCAUACGGCUGCGCACGUCGACGCACAUUACGGGCCCGCACAUGGCAGUCGACAUGCCACCAGCGUACGCGGUCGGCCUCAGCAUUGGCAUGUCCACGACCGUGCCCAUCGUGCGCAAGCAGCGUGGCGACAUUGAGCCCAAGGUGUUCCUACCGCACGAGCGCACGGCCGAUCGGCCUCCUCGCCAAGUCGAAGUCGAGCGAAAGCGGCGCCUCUUCGAGUCGGCCAACGUCGGCAAACUGAUCGAAGAAAAGCUAUCCGAGCUCUUUGGCAGUCGCGAGUACCAGGACGUCAUCAACGACACGAGCGGGGUCGCCAUGCAGCUCAUCGAGGCGCUACCACUGCACCUCUUUGAUGACAAGUCGUUUGAAGAGCGCGAACCCGAGGACUGGAUUGCUUGCGGCAAGAGAAAGGACGGAACCGUCGCGAUCCCGGUGACGGCGCUCUACGGCCGGCCUGGUUUGCCCGGCCUCUGGAACGAGGGCCACGUGAUUGCGUACUCGGCCGAGCGCGACCUCUUCACGGUUCGUUUCGGCCAGGACGAGAUGCCUCUGCAUCGGUGCGACAUUUGCUUCAAGGCCGAGGACCCCGAAGGCUUUGUGAACCGCGUCCAUGCUGCGCACUUGGCGCGCCUCUACGCGCAGUCGGCGAUCCGCAAGAACAUUUACAUCGACUGCAUGCCGUCGGACGACCUCCACAAGCUCGGGACGGAAAAUGUCAACAAGAUUAUCAAGCUCGCGACGAGCGUCUUCCAGGCUAAGAGCGUCGUUCCGCCCGACACGACCAAGAUCGUUGCCGAAGUGCACACCGACUACCUCCGCACCAUGUGCCGCAUCAUCUUUGAGCACCAGCAAGCGAGCGGACGUGGCACCAACUUUUUCCUGUGCGCGCCGCCCGAUGAGUCGCACGUGAUCGAUACGACCAAGCACCGCGUGAUUGCGCCGCCCAUCGACUACGCCGACCAGUUUAUCGGGUUUUCGUUCCAGACGUUUCUAACGUCGCCCGAGACGCUAGCGGCGGCCGUCAAGGUCAACGAAGAGUGCUACCGUCUAUUGUGCGUCGAUAUCUUUAGCCUCAAAACGACCCGCAGCCUCAAACUCGAAGAGUUUCAGCAGCGCCAAAACACCCAAGAGCGCGCCAUGUACAAGCUGCUGCACGAAGACUGGCCCAACAAGAUCACGCACGCGAUCAAGACGUCCCUCGCGCACGUUGGGAAGGGCUGGUACAACCUCCAAGAAACGCGCCGGGACACGUACGAGUUCAGCAAGCUCCGAUCGUUCCUGCACCGCGUCAACCUCGUCAUGAAGGACACACUGCGCUUCCUGGCCGAGCAGUCGCUUGCCUCGUAUUGCAUCUUUAUGGCCAAGGCGGCCGAAGCCAGCGUCAAAGUCGUCGAUGCGAAAACGACCGUCUUGUCGUACCCUGACAUUGAGAAGCGCCGCGCUGCCGAGAACAUUGGGCCUGCGAAAUUCGAGUUUCUUUGCCGCCAGCGCCAGCUCCAGAACCCACCGGCGCUCUUUGCGCUCACGCUGAGCGUUGCGUCCGAGCUUAUAGUGAUCAACCAGCACGAGAUCGACGAGGCCCAAGCCAAGAUUGACGAGUGGGUGCACGAGCAAGAGGUCAAGCGCGCCAAGCAGCUCGAAGAAGACCCGGACAACGACAACAAGCGUGACGACGAACCGUGUCCGUUCGAGCCCGUCCCGGCCAAAAUGGGCCACAACUUUGGCUACAACACACCGAUCCCUGCGUUCUCGCAGCUCGUGCUCGACGUCUUCAACAAGUCGAUCGACACGUGCAAGGACAUCAAGCAGGUCGAGCAAUUGGUGAUGGACAAGCUUUUCUGGAGCAGUCAUCCUUCGAUUCCGUACGUCAACGCCAACGAACCGUGGGUGCAAGCGCUGCGAGACGACGUCGCCAAGCUCAUCGAAAAGAGCGAAGUGCCCCUGCGCGCAUACCUCAAGCAAUAUGACCGCUACAUUGCGUUCAUGAACCUCGACGAGGAUCACUACUUGGACAUCUUCCGCGCGCAGGACCCGCCCAACUUGCAAGAGCUCAGCGACCGGAUCAAGCAGCACGCCCAAGACGCACUUGACAUUGAAGACGCGAUUCCAGCCAUGAACAUUGAGCUUGGUAUGUACACGGUGAGCUGCGCUGCGAUGCGGGCGCAGCUGGCCGAGAAGCACCGGCGCCUCGCCAAGAAGCUCCUCGACUGCCAGCUUGUCAAGUGCACGACGCUGGCCAAGGACCUCCACAGCAAGUUUGAGCCAAUCAACCGCCAGCUGCAAAAGAUACCGACCGACAUUGAACAACUCACCGAGAUGAAGCAGUACAUUGACAGCAUCAGUGCACAGCUAGCGCCAUUGCUUGCCUCGUCCCAGCAGCUCAUCAAGUACCGCGCGCUCCUCGACUCGUUCCAGUACCGGAUGGAGAAGGACGACUUUGUGGCGAUUUGGCGAGUCAGGCUCGGUCCCAACCACAUUUACGACCAAGUGCACAAGAUGAACAACAUCCUCGCCAUGCAAAACGAGCAGUUUCUCGGCGAGAUGCGGGACCAGCAGGUGGAGUUUACAGAGUCAUUGCGCAUUCUACACCAAGAAGUCGACGGCUUCAAGCAGUACACGGACCUCGCCCGCGUCGAGCAAGUCUUCAAAUACGUGGUGAAUAUUGAGCAAAAGAUCAUCAAGGCCGACGAAGACGCGCGGCUCUUCAACUCGCGCGAAGGGCUCUUUGGCCAGGAGAUGACCGACUACGAAGAGAUUAGCCGCAUCCGGCGCGACUUUGAGCCGUACGCGACGCUUUGGAAGACGGCCAACAACUGGCUCAAGGACCACAAAAAGUGGAUGGAAGGCGCGUUCCUUGACAUCAACGGCGAAGAGUUUGAGCAAUUCGUCGAGACCAACUGGGCCAAUAUCAUCAAGGCGACCAAAUUCUUUGAGAAGGCCAACAUCAAGGGCUGCUUGGACAUUGCCAACCACAUUCGGAGCGAGAUUGCAGCCUUCCGGCCGCACGUCCCGCUGGUCAUGGCCCUGCGCAACCCGGGCAUCCAAGACCGGCAUUGGAACCUUAUGAAUGGCGAGACGCACAUGAGCUUUCGUCCCGACCGCGGCAUGAAGCUGAGCUACGUUCUCGGGCUCGGGCUUGACAAGCACAUUGAGGCGAUCACCAAGAUCUGCGAGACGGCCGGGAAGGAGUACCAGAUCGAGAAGGCGCUCAACGCGAUGGAAGAGCAGUGGAAGCAAGUGAGCUUGUCGAUCGUCGACUACCGCGAGACAGGCACGUUUGUUCUCAAAGCCGUCGAUGAAGUCCAAGCGAUUCUCGACGAGCAAAUCACGACGACGCAAGCGAUGCAGUUUUCCGCGUUCAAAAAGCCAUUUGAAGACCGCAUCAACAAGUGGGAAAAGUGUCUCAGUACGGUCUCGGACGUGCUCGAAGAGUGGAUGGCGGUGCAGCGCGCGUGGCUGUAUCUGCAGCCGAUCUUUGACAGCCCCGACAUCAACAAGCAGCUGCCGAUGGAAGGCAAGCGGUUCGCGACCGUCGAUAAGAACUGGCGCCAAACGCUCGCGGCCGCCAAAGCCAAGCCGAGCGUCAUCAACUUUUGCAACAACGACAAACUCCUCGACCGGUUCCAAGAGAGCAACAAGUUUCUCGAGCAAGUCCAGAAAGGGCUCAGCGAUUUCCUCGAAACGAAGCGGUCGGCGUUCUCGCGCUUCUACUUUCUCUCAAACGAAGAGCUCUUGUCGAUUCUGUCCGAGUCCAAAGAUGUCAAGCUCGUGCAGCCGCAUUUGAAAAAGUGCUUUGAGGGCGUUGUCAAGGUCGAGUUCCAAGACGACCUUACCAUCACGUCGAUGAUCUCGGCCGAGGGCGAGACCGUCGCGAUGGCGACCCCCGUCAACCCCAACGGCAAGAAUGUCGAGCACUGGAUGACCGAGGUCGAAGACAUGAUGCGCGUUUCGAUCCGGGCCGUCAUGUUCAAGGCCAUCCAAGACUACACCCAGGUCUCUCGUGUCAAGUGGAUCCAAAAGUGGCCCGGCAUGUGCGUCCUCAACGGCUCUCAGUUCCACUGGACGCGCGAGAUGGAAGAAAACAUGGCGGCGGACGGCGCCAACGGCGUUCAAAAGAUGAUGGAGCGCCAGCUCGCGCAACUGGCCGACAUGGUGCAAAUGGUGCGCGGGCACCUCGACAAGCUGGCUCGCAUCAGUGUCGGCGCUCUCACCGUCAUUGACGUCCACGCCCGCGAUGUCACAAUGCGCCUCGUGCAUAGCAAAGUGAGCACGAAAGACGACUUUAUGUGGUCGAGCCAGCUCCGAUACUACUGGAACGACGAUUUGUUUGCAGAGAUGGUCUCGGCGCGACGGCCGUACGGCUACGAGUACCUCGGCAACUCGUUCCGACUCGUGAUCACGCCGCUCACGGACAAGUGCUACAUGACGCUCAUGGCUGCGCUGCAGAUGAUUCUCGGCGGUGCCCCCGCGGGCCCCGCUGGCACGGGCAAAACCGAGACGACCAAAGAUCUCGCAAAGGCGCUCGCCAAGCAGUGUGUUGUCUUCAACUGCUCGGACGGUCUCGACUAUAUCGCCAUGGGCAAGUUUUUCAAGGGUCUUGCCUCCUGCGGUGCAUGGGCUUGCUUCGAUGAGUUCAACCGCAUCAACAUUGAAGUACUCAGUGUCAUUGGCCAGCAAGUCACGACGCUUCAGCUCGCGAUCCGAGCGAAUGAGAAACGGAUUGUGUUUGAAGGCUCGGACAUUGCCGUGAGCCCGCAGUUUGGCGUCUUUAUCACGAUGAACCCGGGGUACGCGGGGCGGUCGGACCUUCCCGACUCGCUCGCCGCGCUCUUCCGCCCCGUGGCCAUGAUGGUGCCCGACUACGCCAUGAUUGGCGAAAUCAUGUUUUUUGCCUACGGCUAUGAAAAAGCCAAAGAGUGCGGUGCUAAAAUGGUCACAACGUUCAAGCUCUGCUCGGAGCAAUUGUCGUCGCAGUCACACUACGAUUACGGCAUGCGUGCUGUGAAAACCGUCAUUACGGCCGCCGGCAACCUCAAGCGCGCGGACCCCGACAUGGACGAAGAAGUCCUCUUGCUCCGCGCGCUUCAGGACGUCAACUUGCCAAAGUUCCUCUCGUUUGACAUUCCGCUCUUUAACGGCAUCAUCAGUGACCUCUUUCCCGGCAAAUCACGGCCGCAGCUCAACCUUGGCGCGCUCAGUCGCGUCUCCAAGCUCGUGAUCCAGCGGCUCAAGCUCCAGCCGCACCCGUUCUUCCUCAUGAAGGUCGUCCAGCUCUACGAAACGCUUUGCGUCCGGCACGGCCUCAUGGUUGUUGGUGCCACGGGUGGCGGCAAGUCGUGCAACCUCAAAGUGCUCUGCGACACGCUCACGGAGCUCAAGAAGCUCGGCGAGAACGGCUUUGCGUACGAAGAAGUCGUCAUCUACCAGCUCAACCCAAAGUCCAUUACGAUGGGCCAGCUCUACGGCGAGUUUGACGCAAGCACGCACGAGUGGCAAGACGGCAUUUUGUCGACGCUGUACCGAGCGGCUGCCUCCAGCACCAACGCCGACCGCAAGUGGGUCAUCUUUGACGGCCCCGUCGAUGCCAUCUGGAUCGAAAAUAUGAACACGGUCCUUGACGACAACAAGAAGUUGUGCUUGAGCUCGGGCGAGAUCAUCCAAAUGUCCCAAGAGAUGACCAUGAUGUUUGAAGUCGAGGAUCUCUCGGUCGCGUCACCUGCGACGGUGAGUCGCACUGGCAUGGUGUACAUGGAGCCUGCCUCUUUGGGUUUUGACCCGCUCACGACCAGCUGGCUCGAGAACCUCCAUCCUGACUUCAAACCCGACUUUAAGCGCGAUCUGCAGUGGCUCUUUGACUGUCUCAUGCGCCCAGCGCUAACGUUUGUGACGCAGCACGUGAAGGAAUGGCUGCCGCAGAUCCCCAACAACCUCGUGAGCUCGCUCUUGCGGCUCCUCAACUGCUUCUUCUCGGUUGUCGCGGCCGAAGAAAAGAAGGAGACGCGCCUCGAGCACGUGAUGUACUUUACAAACCACUGCUCGGAGCUCUUUGUGUUUUGCCUCAUCUGGAGCAUUGGUGCGACGGGCAAUGACGCCGGUCGCAUCAAGUUUGACGCGUACCUCCGUGAAGAGCUCUUGAGUCACCCGGGCAUGAAGAAGCCGCUGCCGUCGGCAGGUUUGGUCUACGACUAUGCGCUAGACCGAGCCACCGAGUCGUGGAAGCUCUGGCUGGACACGAUACCCAAGUACGUUGUGCCGGCCGAGUCGAGCUUCUCGGAGCUGGUUGUGCCGACGAGCGACAGCGUCCGGUCGACGUUCCUCAUGCAGCUCGCCUUGACCCAAGGCGUCCACAUGCUCAUCGUGGGCCCCACGGGCACGGGCAAGACCAUCAACGUCAACCAAUUUUUGGAAAAGGUCGACAGCGACAAGUUUGUGCCACUCAAGCUCACGUUCUCGGCCCAAACGAGCGCCAACCAGACGCAGGACUUUCUCGACGGCAAAAUGGAGAAGCGGCGCAAAGGCGUGUACGGCCCGACCGCGGGAAAGCGCUUCAUCGUGCACAUUGACGAUCUCAACAUGCCCAAGCAGGAAGAGUACUUUGCGCAGCCGCCAAUUGAGAUCCUCCGGCAGUGGUUUGACCAAGGCGGGUGGUACGACCGGAAGCUCCUCGUGUUUCGCAACAUUGUCGACGUGGUGUUUGUGGCGUCCAUGGGCCCGCCGGGGGGUGGCCGUAACCCGAUCACUCCGCGCUUCAUUCGCCACUUCAACAUUAUCGGGUACACGGAAAUGUCGGACGACAGCAAGCGCCAAGUGUUUGCAACGAUCGUUGCGAGCUUUUUGAGCAAGUUCUCGGAGGACCUCAAGCCCCCGGAAGUGGGCCUCGCGCUGGUUUCGAGCUCGAUCUACAUUUACAACAUUGUGAUUCAAGAGCUUUUGCCGACUCCGUCCAAGGCGCAUUAUACCUUCAACUUGCGCGACUUGGCCAAAAUCUUCCAGGGCCUCCUCAUGGGCGACAACAAGCGCAUUACGAAACUCGACCAGCUCCUCCGGCUCUGGGUGCACGAGAACAUGCGCGUCUUCGAAGAUCGCUUCACGACGCUCGCUGACCACCAGUGGUUUACAGACCAGCUCCAAACGCAGAUUGCACUCAACUUUGGCCCGCGCUUGGGGCUCCCCGACGUGCUCAAGGAUCCGAGUGCGAUGGAAGAGAGCAAAACGCAAGGCUGGCGCCUCGUCGUGCCCCAACCCAACUUGCUCUUUGGCGAUUAUAUGAUUCCCGGCGCCGACCCGAAAAUCUACGAGGAGAUUAGCGACAUGGAGAAGCUCGUGGCGCAAGUGGAGGAGUACCUCAACGACUACAACGCCGAGUCCAACGCACCGAUGAACCUCGUCAUGUUUAUGAAUGCGAUCGAGCACGUUUCCCGCAUCGCGCGCGUCAUUCGACAGCCACAGGGAAAUGCCCUCUUGCUGGGUGUCGGCGGCAGCGGGCGACAGAGUCUCACGCGUCUCGCCGCCUUUAUGGCCGAGUACGGCUGCAGCCAGAUCGAGAUCUCCAAGGGCUACUCGGUGGCCGACUGGCGCGACGACCUAAAAAAGUGUCUGAUGAAAGCCGGCGUCGACGAAAAGCCGACCGUCUUCUUGUUUUCAGAUGUUCAAAUCGUGCACGAUAUCAUGCUCGAGGACAUCAACAACAUCCUCAACACGGGCGACGUGCCCAAUUUGUAUGCGCCCGAAGACAUUGACGCGAUCACGAACCACUGCCGCGGCAUGUGCAUCAAGAAGCGGAUCCCUGCGACCAAGCUCAACAUCUUUGGCCAGUACGUGACGCUCGUGCGUCAGAAUUUGCACAUGGUGCUCUGCAUGAGCCCGCUCGGCAGUGCCUUCCGCGACCGCAUCCGCAUGUUUCCGUCGCUCGUCAACUGCUGUACAAUCGACUGGUUCAGCGAGUGGCCCGCCCAAGCGCUGCAGUCGGUUGCGAUGAACGCGCUCACGGUCGUCGACCUCAAGCUCGGCGACAGCGUCCUGCCCGUCGUCAACGUCUUUCAGAGCAUGCACCAAACUGUCGAGCACGAGUCGGCCAAUUACUUUCAAAAGCUGCGCCGGUACAACUACGUGACGCCGACAUCGUACCUCGAGCUCCUCUUUACGUUCAAGAAUGUUCUGCAAACCAAGCGCGAAGAAGUGUCCAUGAUGAUCAGUCGCCUUCAGAACGGCGUCGACAAGAUCAUUGCGACCAAAGAGCAAGUCGCCGGCAUGCAAGAGCAGCUCGUGGCGCUCAAGCCGCAGCUCGAGAAGACACAAAUCGAGGUUGAGGCCAUGAUGAUCAAGAUCACUGAAGACAAGAAGGAUGCCGACGAGACCAAGGCGGUCGUUGAGAAGGAGGAAGAGGGCGCCAACAAGAAGGCGGCCGACACCAAGGCCAUUGCCGACGACGCACAGCGCGACUUGGACGAAGCGCUGCCGGCCCUUGAAGCCGCGACGGCGUGCUUGAACAAGCUCAAAAAGUCGGACAUUGACGAAGUCAAGGCGAUGAAGAACCCGCCGCACGGUGUCCGGUUGACGAUGGAAGCAGCGUGCAUCAUCUUUGGCAUCAAGCCGACGCUCAAGACGGAUCCGGACAAACCGGGCCAAAAGAUCAAGGACUACUGGGAGAGUGCGCAAAAGACGAUCCUCGGCAACGCAAAGAAGCUCCUCGAAGACAUGGUCAAGUUUGACAAGGACAACAUUGGCGAGAAGAUCAUCCAGCAAAUCGAUCCGUACAUGGAGAUGGAAGAGUUUUUACCUGCAUCGGUGCGCAAGGCGUCCGUGGCCUGCGAAGCCAUUUGCAUGUGGGUGCGCGCCAUGCACACGUACAACAAGAUCGCCAAAAUGGUCGAGCCAAAGAAACUGGCGCUCGCAACUGCGCAGUCGGAGCUCGAUGUGACCAUGCGCGUCCUCGCCGACGCCAAGGGCCGGUUAGAGGCGGUCGUCAAUCGCCUCCAAGAGCUCGAGGCAGGGUACAACGCCGCCGUCGACAAGAAAGACCAGCUCAUCCAAGACGUUCGGCAGUGUGAAAUUCGACUCGAGUCGGCGCUCAAGCUCAUUGCGCUUCUCGGCGGCGAAGAAGCGCGCUGGACGAUCACGAUUUCGCAGCUCAACAUGGAUUUUCGCAACCUCGUGGGCGACGUCGUCAUCUCGUCCGGCACGAUCAGCUACCUUGGGUGCUUUACGAGCGAGUUUCGAGACAUUUGCAUUGCGUCGUGGUACAACGCCCUCGACAAGCAGGUCGUGCCGCACACGCGCAACUGCAACAUCAUUACGACGCUCGCCGACCCGGUCAAAGUCCGAGGCUGGCAGAUUGCGGGUCUUCCGUCCGACAACCUCUCGGUGCAAAAUGGCAUCAUCAUGGCGCGCGCGCGUCGGUGGCCACUGCUCAUCGACCCGCAGGGCCAAGCCAACCGGUUCAUCAAGUCGCUGGGGCGCGAUACGUCUGAGAACGGCAUUGACGUGGUCAAGAGCUCGGACAAGAACUUUAUCAAGGCGCUCGAGAACGGCGUCCGGUUUGGCAAGUGGAUUCUUUUGGAAAACGUGACGGAGUUUCUCGAUGCGGCGCUGGAAACGGUGCUGCUCCAAACCAAGUUCAAGCAAGGCGGCCAGCUCAUGAUGAAGAUUGGCGACUCGACGAUCCCGUACAACAUGGCGUUCAAGUUUUUCAUGACGACAAAGCUGCCCAACCCGCACUACCCUCCGGAAACGUGCGUCAAGGUGUGCCUCCUCAACUUUACCAUCACGCCGUUUGGCUUGGAGGAGCAAGCGCUCGGUGUUGUCGUCCAAGAAGAGAUGCCCGAGCUCGCCGAGAAGAAGAACAACCUCGUCAUCUCGAAUGCCAAGAUGAAGGCCGAGCUCCUCGACAUUGAAAACAAAAUCUUGUACAUGCUCGCCAACUCGCAGGGCAACAUCCUCGACGACACGGACCUCAUCGACAUGCUCGGCAAGGCCAAAGUGACGUCCGAAGACAUUAACGAAAAGAUGGCCGAGGCCGAAAUCACCGAAAAGACCAUCGACGAGACGCGCGAGUUGUAUCGCGGCGUCGCCAACCGCGCGUCACUGCUCUUUUUCUGCAUUGCAGACCUCGCGAUCGUCGACCCGAUGUACCAGUACUCGCUCACGUGGUUUGUCGAGCUCUUUGUCAAGAGCAUCCGCGCGGCCGAGCCGAGCGACGUGCUGGCGACGCGGCUUUUGAACCUCAUGGACUCAACGACGUACUCGCUCUACAAGAACAUUUGCCGGUCGCUCUUUGAAGAGCACAAGCUCCUGUUUUCGUUUCUCUUGACGAUCAAGCUGCUCCAAGGCCGCGACGAGAUUGACGCGCUGGAGUGGCGCUUCCUCAUUUCGGGCUCGACGCCGACAAAAGAUACAGACAGCCGCAACCCGAGCUCCGACUGGAUCGAAGACCGGGCGUGGUCCGAGUUUUGCUGCCUCACGACGCUUCCAAAGUUCGAGUCGCUCAUCGCGUGCCUCGUUGAAGAGACGGACGCGUGGCGGCGCAUUUUUGAUGCUGUCGACCCGCACCUCGCGCGCCUCCCGAGCCACUUUCCGUUCACACUCAAUACGUUCCAGAAGCUCUGCGUCCUCCGCUGCAUCCGCCCCGAUCGCAUGAUGGAGGCAAUCCAGCUAUUUGUCGCCGAGCAGCUCGGCCAGCGCUUCAUUGAGCCGCCGACGUUCGACUUGCCAGGUUCAUUUGCGGACGCGAGUGUCACGACGCCGCUCAUUUUUAUCCUCUCGACGGGCUCGGACCCGGCCAAAGACCUUCUCCAGUUUGCCGACGUGAUGAAGAUGGGCCGCAAGUUCAACUCGAUCUCGCUCGGGCAAGGCCAAGGCGUCAUUGCCACCAAGAUGAUUGAAGAUGCGAUCUCGAGUGGCAAGUGGGUGCUGCUGCAGAACUGCCACCUCGCGAUUUCGUGGAUGCCGUCCCUCGAGCGCAUCUGUGAGGAGCUCAACCCCGAGACAACGCACCGCGACUUUCGACUCUGGCUCACGUCGCGCCCGAGUGCUUCGUUUCCGACAUCCGUGCUCCAGAACGGCGUCAAAAUGACCAAGGAACCACCAAAGGGCAUUCGCGCCAACUUGAAAAACUCGUACAUCAAGAUGACCGACGAGAUGCUCGAUGCGACGAGCAAGCCGGAGAAGUACCGGAAGCUGCUCUUUGGCCUCGCCUUCUUCCACGCGGUCGUGAUUGAGCGCAAGCGGUUCGGGCCACUGGGGUGGAAUAUCCCAUAUGCGUUUAACGACACGGACUAUGACAUUUCCCGGGCGCAGCUCGAAAUGUUUUUGGAUUUUUACGAAGUUGUGCCGUACCGCGUCCUUUGCGUCAUGACGUCCGUCGUCAACUAUGGCGGACGCGUCACGGACGACAAGGACAUGCGCACGAUCGACGUGAUCCUCGAGGGCUUUUUCAACGACAAGAUAUUGCUCGACAACUACGCCUUCUCGGCCAGCGGCACGUACAAGUCGAUCGCGGUCUCGAACCCGCAAGCACCGAGCGCGACGCUCAACCACUACCUCUCGUACAUUGACGGUCUCCCGCUCAACCCGGACCCUGAAGUGUUUGGCAUGCAUGAAAACGCCAACAUUACGUGCGCGAUGGCCGAGACGUUCAACAACUUUGACAUUGUUCUGAGUCUCCAGCCGCGCAUGAGCUCGGGGGCUGGCCAGAGCCAAGAGAUGAUCAUCGAGCUCCAAGCCAAAGACAUCGAGUCCAAGCUCCCGCCGCUCUUCGACAUUGAAUUCAUCAGCGUCCGGUACCCCGUCAUGUACGAGGAGUCGAUGAACACGGUCCUGGUCCAAGAAGCGCAGCGCUACAACAACCUGCUUCACGUCAUGAAGACGUCGUUGCCGCUGCUUCAGCGGGCGCUCAAAGGGCUCGUCGUCAUGUCAGCCGAGCUCGAGACCAUGUCGACGUGCAUCUUCAACCAAAAGGUGCCACCUCUCUGGGAGCGCAAGGCGUACCCGUCGCUCAAAGCACUCAACCCUUGGGUCGACGAGCUCCUCGAGCGGCUCAAGUUUGUGACUAAUUGGGUCGCUGAUGGCAUCCCGCCCGUGCUGUGGAUGUCGGGGUUCUUCUUUCCACAAGGAUUCCUCACGGGCAUUCUGCAAAACCACGCGCGUGGCUUCAACAUUCCGAUCGACACGCUGUCGUGGGACUUCAUCAUGCACCCGGAACCCGUCGACAAGAUCAUCGUCAAGCCCGUGCAAGGCGGCUGCUACACGUACGGGCUCUUCAUCGAAGGCGCGCGGUGGGACUACCAGCGCAAGUCGCUCGUGGACCCCAACCCGAAGGAAUUAUUCUCCAAGAUGCCGGUGAUCCACUUGAUGCCGAUCCGGAGCCGACAAGCGCCGCAGAGUGGCAUUUACCGCUGCCCGGUCUACAAGAUUCUGACACGAACCGGGACGCUUUCGACAACGGGCCACUCGACCAACUUUGUCAUGUGGAUCGAGAUCCCGUCGGAUAAGGACACGAUCUGGCGCAACUCGCUCGUGUCCGAGACCAACCUUCAGGUGCAAUUCGCCGACCAAGAUUAUUGGAUCAAGGCGGGUGUUGCGUGCUUUCUCUCGCUGCGUUACUAA